ACAGACCCGGAGGAGGUUCUGAGCGUGAGUAUUCCUCUGCAGGAGCCACCGCGCUUGCUGCUGGGGGGCGCCGUGGUGCUGCCGUGUUACUUUGAGGACCUCACGGUGCCGGACCCCGGAGCUCCCACCGCCGCUCCCCUCGCUCACCGCAUCAAAUGGAGCCUCGUCGCCAAAGAGAAGGUCACGACCGUCCUGGUGGCCUCGGAGGGGCGGGUGCGCGUCGGCGAGAGCUACCUGGACCGAGUUCACCUGGUGGGCUACCCGGAGACCUCCACGGACGCCAGCAUCCGGAUAUCCGAGCUGCGAUCCAGCGAUGCGGGGGUCUACCGCUGUGAGGUGCAGCACGGCAUUGAGGACGGCCACGACGACGUCCACCUGCAGGUCCAAGGAAUCGUGUUCCACUACCGCGCCAUCAUGGGCCGCUACACUUUGACCUUCGAGAAGGCGGAGGCGGCGUGCGCCCAGAACAACGCCGUGGUGGCUUCCCCCGAACAGCUUCAAGCGGCCUACGACGAUGGAUUCCACCAGUGUGACGCCGGCUGGCUCUCCGACCGCACCGUCAGGUACCCGAUCCACGAUCCUCGUGUGAACUGCUAUGGUGACAAAGAGGAGCUUCCGGGGGUCAGGACCUACGGAGUGAGGGACCUCAAUGAGACCUAUGACGUCUACUGCUACGCUGAGAAGAUGACAGGCCGAGUCUUCUACACCGCCUCUGCGGAGAAGUUCAGCUACUCGGAGGCAGCGGUGGCCUGCUCCGACCAGGGAGCUCAGCUGGCCUCUACUGGUCAGCUCUACCUGGCCUGGCAGGGGGGGAUGGAUGUCUGCAACGCCGGCUGGCUGGGGGACAGAAGCGUCCGCUACCCCAUCAACGUCCGCCGGCCGCAGUGCGGAGGGGGUCUGCUGGGGGUGCGCACUGUUUACCUCCACACAAACCAAACGGGGUAUCCACCUCCGGAGUCCCGCUACGACGCCUUCUGCUACACAGGGCAAAUCAAAAGAUCUAUCUGGAUCUGGAGGCCUGUCUGGAUCUGGAGAUCUAUCUGGAUCUGGAGACAUGUCUGGAUCUGGGGAACUGUGAACUCUGGAGAUCUAUCUGGAUCUGGAGACAUAGUGAUCUCUGGAGAUCUAUCUGGAUCUGGAGACUUAUUUGGAUCGGGAGGCCUGUCUGGAUCUGGAGACUCGGCUGGCAGUGGAAGUGCUGAGCUGCACAGUGGAGAAUCAGGUAUCGGGAGCACAGAUUCUUCCGGAUCCGGAUCCGGCAUCACUGUUGCUUUUACGAGAAUCGACAGCUCUUUCUCCGGAGAGGACCUGGCUUCCGGUGGACUCCAAGAAGCUGGAGAGGGAAGCGCAGGGAUCUUCAUCUUCCCUUCAUUUAAAGUCAGCUCUGGAGAACUCAGUGGUAGUGGGGACCUGUCGGGUUCUGGAUCCGGCUCUGGUCUCGACUCUGGGCUAAGCGGCUCAUCCGCAGACGGCUCUGGGGAAAGUGGACAGUUCUCUGGUUUCAUCACCGACCAGGACUUUUCUGGGUCAAGUGGGUCCUCAUCGGGAUUCCACUCUGGCAGUGCGAGUGGACACUCGGGAGAGCUUUCUGGAAUUGGGGACGCACAGAUCUUACUGCUCGAUCAUGAACUGAUUGAUGCCUCCACCGCUGUUACCCACAGGGAGCAUGAGCUUGGUGGAGGCCUUCUGGCGUUUAGUGGCUCUGGAGACGUUUCAGGAUCUGGGAUUCUCAGCGGCUCUGGAAGUGGCUCCGGGUUCUUCUCGGGUGUUACCCUUGUUGGGUCGGGGUUCACUGACCUUACAGUAUCAUCCUUUGGAGAGCAGGAGGCCUCUGGGUUUUUACUCUACACCUCUGGAGAUGGAAGUGGUGGACAUUUGUCUGGAUUUGGAAGCUCAAGUUUCGUCUCCGGGUCUGGAUCAGAAAUGUCUGGAUCAGGAAUGUCUGGAUCAGAAAUGUCUGGAUCGGGAAUGUCUGGAUCAGGACGAUUUGAAUCAGAAAUGUCUGGAUCGGAAAUGUCUGGAUCAGGAAUGUCUGGAUCGGAAAUGUCUGGAUCAGAAAUGUCUGGAUCAGGACUAUCUGGAUCAGGAAUGUCUGGAUCGGGAAUGUCUGGAUCAAAAAUGUCUGGAUCAGGACUAUCUGGAUCAGGAAUGUCUGAUUCUGAGUCCUCAACAAGUGGAGAAGAAGGAAGUGUUACAUUUGUUACUGGAGAUUUUCUGACGGAAGCAUCUGGAGACACCACACUGUCCAUGGAGCUCGGACGGGGGUCCUUAGAGUACAGCGGAGAAGGAAGCAGUAGCAGCAGAAGCUUCCACUCUGGCAGCGGAGACACACACCGGUCCACAAGCAGCGGCUCGGCAGCUUCCUCUGGAGAUGCGCCACACGUGGUGCAGCCCUCUCCAUCCAGUGAGUGGGCACCAACAGAAAGCACCAGCGCACCAGAGGAGGUCCUUAGCGGGGCUGAACUGACGCGGCCCCCCGGGGACAUCCAUGGGACCCCACCCCCUGUGCUCGCCCCAGCAGGACUGGCUGCUCCUCCCACCGCGAGCACACCGGCCCCGCUGCAGACACCCGGCGCCGCUGAAGGAACGUAUUCGGUGGAAGGUGGGUUGAACCCGUGUCACCCGAACCCCUGCGGUGCUGCUCCAUGCGCGGUGGAGGAAGGGGUCGCCGUGUGUCCUGAGGUAGACGUGUGCCAUCCCAACCCUUGUGCCAAUGGAGCCACCUGUGUGGAGGGCGCAGACUCUUACAAAUGCUUAUGCCUGCCCAGCUACGGAGGGGAGCGAUGUGAGAUCGACGAGCAGCGGUGCGAAGACGGUUGGACCAAGUUCCAGGGGAACUGCUACCUGCACUUCUCGGAGCGGGAGGUGUGGCUGGACGCCGAGCGGCGCUGCCGGGACCUCGGCGCCCACCUGGUCAGCAUCAUCACGCCCGAGGAGCAAGACUUCGUCAACUCAAACGCGCAGGACUACCAGUGGAUCGGCUUGAAUGACAAGACAGUGGAUAACGACUUCCGCUGGACGGACGGGACUCCCCUGCAAUACGAGAACUGGAGGCCGAACCAGCCGGAUAAUUACUUCAACUCUGGGGAGGACUGCGUGGUGAUGAUCUGGCACGAGAGCGGCCAGUGGAACGACGUGCCCUGCAACUACCACCUGCCCUUCACCUGCAAGAAGGGCCCAGUGUCCUGCGGCGCCCCGCCGGAGGUGGAGAACGCCCGCGUGUUCGGCCACAGGAGGGAGGAGUACCCCGUCAACGCCAUCAUCCGGUACCAGUGCGGCCCCGGGUUCACGCAGCGCCGGCCCCCCACGGUGCGUUGCCAGGCCGACGGCCGGUGGGAGGAGCCCCGAGUGCGGUGUACCCACGUGAAAGCCAGACAGAGAAGACAGAGGAGGAGCAGCCAGCUUCCCUGAAAGAAAGAAA